AUGGCUCUCAUUGUCGACAAACACAGGCCAAAGUCUUUGGACGCCCUCACCUACCACCCAGAGCUGUCCGACAGGUUAAGCUCCCUCCGGCGACUUCCCCCCACCUCCCUCGUCUACGGCCCCUCGGGCGCGGGCAAGAAGACGCGCAUCGUAGCGACGCUGAAGGAGCUCUACGGGUCCGGCGUCGAGAAGAUCAAGAUCGACGCCCGCGUCUUCCAGACGUCGAGCAACCGCAAGCUCGAGUUCAACAUAGUGGCGUCCAACUACCACCUCGAAAUCACGCCCUCGGACGUCGGCAACUAUGACCGCGUCGUGGUGCAGGACCUGCUGAAGGAGGUGGCGCAGACGCAGCAGGUCGACCAGGCGGCGCGGCAGCGCUUCAAGGUCGUCGUCAUCAACGAGGCCGACCACCUGACGCGCGACGCGCAGGCGGCGCUCCGUCGCACGAUGGAGAAGUACUCGCCCAACCUGCGCCUCAUCCUCCUGGCCAACUCGACGGCCAACAUCAUCGCGCCCAUCCGCUCGCGGACGCUGCUCGUGCGCGUGGCGGCGCCGACGCACGCCGAGAUUUGCGACGUGCUGGGCCAGAGCGCCGAGAGGGAGGGCUGGCCUGUGGCCAAGGGGCUGCACAUGAGGAUAGCGCAGGAGAGCGGGAGGAAUCUGCGGCGGGCGCUGCUCAUGUACGAGGCUGUGCAUGCGCAAAAUGAGAAGGUGACAGACGCGACGCGGAUCCCACCACCCGACUGGGAGGCCCUCAUUGGGCAAAUCGCAAAGGAGAUCAUGGAGGAGCACACGCCGGCGCGCAUCCUGCAGGUGCGCGCCAAGCUGUACGACCUGCUGACGCACUGCAUCCCGGCGACGACGAUCCUCAAGACGCUCACAUUCAAGCUCGUGGCCAUGAUUGACGACGCGCUCAAGCCCGAGGUCAUCAAGUGGUCGGCGUACUACGAGCACAGGAUCCGGAUGGGCACCAAGGUCAUCUUCCACCUCGAGGCGUUUGUGGCCAAGUUUAUGAGGAUCAUCGAGAUAUACCUGAUGAGCAUGGAUCUGUAA